AUGACGGUGGAUUCGGACGCGAGUGGCAGUGUUUUCCUCUGAUGCAGCUCAUCACGAAAAUUCCAUUUCUCAAAGACAAGUAGCCAUGUCCGAGUGAAGAUGGGUGACUGGAACUUCCUGGGCGGAAUCCUCGAGGAGGUGCACAUUCACUCCACCAUGGUGGGGAAAAUAUGGCUGACCAUCCUCUUCAUUUUCCGCAUGCUGGUGCUGGGAGUGGCGGCCGAGGAUGUGUGGAACGACGAGCAGGCCGACUUCAUCUGCAACACCAAGCAGCCUGGCUGCCGCAACGUCUGCUACGACCGUGCCUUCCCCAUCUCUCUCAUCCGCUACUGGGUGCUGCAGGUCAUCUUUGUCUCCUCACCCUCACUUGUCUACAUGGGCCACGCCAUCUACCAGCUGAGAGCCCUAGAGAAGGAGCGACACUGCAAGAAGGUGGCACUGCGACGGGAGCUGGAGGCACUGGACCCGGACCAGACAGAUGCCCGAAAGAAGGUAGAGAGGGAGAUGAGGCAGCUGGAGCAGGGCAAACUGAACAAGGCUCCCCUUAGGGGAUCACUUCUGCGAACUUACAUUGCUCACAUAGUGACCCGGUCGGUGGUGGAGAUCGGGUUUAUGCUGGGUCAGCACCUGAUCUACGGGAACCAGCUGGAAACACUGUAUAAAUGUGAGCGUGAACCGUGCCCGGAUGUUGUGGACUGCUUUGUUUCACGCCCAACUGAGAAAAGCGUGUUCAUGGUGUUCAUGCAAGUCAUAGCAGCUGUCUCUCUCUUCCUCAGCUUGCUGGAGAUUUUGCACCUUGGAUACAAGAAACUCAAGAAAGGCAUCCUGGACUACUACCCACAUUUGAAGGAUGACCUGGAUGACUGCUAUGGUGCCAAGUCCAAAAAGAACUCAGUGGUGCAUCAAGUGUGCAUCAGUCAAGGACGCAAGGCCACAAUCCCUACAGCGCCAAGUGGGUACACGCUGCUUCUUGAGAAGCAAGCCAACGGACCUGCUUUCCUGCCUCUAACCAGCGGAUCAUCUGCUUUCCUGCCCAUUCAAGGUCAAGCUGGAGGGAGGCUGGGACAGGAAGGUCAGAAAGAAGGCAAGAAGCUUGUCCAGAGUCCCACAGAGGGCAACAACAACUCCAAUAACACAAGUAACGAGGUUCGCUCCCAUCCGGACAAGCCUGAGCAACUUCUGGUGGAUUCGCAGGAGCUUGAAACUGAGAGUUCAGAGUACCCAACGCUUCCAGUGACUGACUCCACUUCCUGCCCCGCUACCUGUCCAACAAGUGGUGCUCGGAGACCCCGGAAGGUCAGUGGCCCACGGCACUGCAGUACAGUGUUGGAAGGCAAUGCUUCAGACAGUGGAGAGUCCUGCAGCAGCUCUGCGGCCGCAGGAAUUCGGCCCUGCGUUGGUCAUCCUGUGGUCCAUGGCCGGCCCCUCCCUAAACAGGACUUCAGGAGAUCCAGCCGGCCCCAAACGCCAGACUCUGUGGCAGACAGGAGCUCAGAUUCACGGCAAAGUCCUGCUCUCUCCACAAACCGCCGAACUUCACCAGCCAGCAGCGGCAGCAGCAGGAGAGCUGCGACAGACCUGCAGAUCUAAAAAUACUGCUUUU